UGUGGGGGAGAGGAGCGAGCAGAGUGUAUUCACGUGAAGCACAGAUAGUCAGAUAGAGAGACAUAAAUCUUUUAAGCACUAAACCCCUUAACUAACAUUAUGUCUAAAUCUCUCUUCUCUUAUCUCAAACCAAACAGUAACGAAAUCUACUGAAAGAUAAUGCAAGGAUCUAUAGCCGAGUCUGAAUCCGAAUCAGAAGAGUUGCAGAAUCAGUUCAACAAGCUCAAUCUCCUCUUCAAUGCCAGUCACUAGCAUGUCUUCCACCACCGUCCCUCCUCUCCUCUCCUUCUUCUUCAUUGUAAUCUUCACUCUUUCUAUUUCCGCAAAGUCGUGGCCUUUAUCGCAAGACAACAAGAUACAGGAACAAGACAGAGACCCAUUCGUCGGAUUCAACAUCGGCACCGACCUCUCCUCCCUCCUCCCUCCUCCGGACCUCGUCAAGUUCCUCCAGACCCAGAAAAUAAACCACAUCCGCCUAUACGACGCCGAUCCAGACCUCCUCAAAGCCCUCUCCAAAACCAAGAUACGCGUCAUCAUCAGCGUCCCAAACAACCAGCUCCUCGCCAUCGGAUCCUCCAACGCCACCGCCGCGUCGUGGAUCGGCCGCAACGUCGUCGCUUACUACCCGGAAACCUUAAUCACGGCGAUCUCCGUCGGAGACGAGGUCUUGACCACCGUACCUUCUUCAGCUCCUCUCCUGUUGCCCGCCAUCGAGUCUCUCUACAACGCUCUCGUCGCUUCGAACCUCCACACUCUGAUCAAAGUCUCCACCCCUCACGCCGCGUCCAUCAUGAUGGACACGUUCCCUCCUUCUCAGGCUUACUUUAACCAGACUUGGCUCUCGGUUAUAACCCCCUUGCUUCGGUUCUUGUCCAAGACGGGCUCUCCGCUGAUGAUGAAUCUCUAUCCUUACUACGUCUAUAUGCAGAACAAAGGCGUGGUGCCGUUAGAUAACUGCUUGUUCGAGCCGUUGACUCCUGCUAAAGAGAUGGUUGACCCCAACACUCUGCUGCAUUACACCAACGUCCUCGACGCUAUGGUGGACGCUGCUUACGUAUCUAUGAAGAAUCUUAACGUGUCUGACGUGGUCGUGCUUGUAACCGAGACGGGUUGGCCUUCGAGCGGGGAUAAACAAGAGCCGCACGCUACUAUAGAUAACGCUGAUACGUACAACUCCAACUUGAUCAAGCACGUGUUCGAUAGAACGGGAACUCCUCUGCACCCUGAGAUGACGCCGAGUGUUUAUAUUUACGAGCUGUUUAACGAGGAUAAGAGGGCGCCUCCGGUUAGCGAAGCUAGCUGGGGGCUGUUCUAUGGGAACACUACCCCAAUUUAUCUGCUUCAUGUCUCUGGAAGCGGGACGUUCUUGGCGAAUGAUACUACGAACAAGACGUACUGCGUUGCUAUGGAUGGGGUUGAUGGGAAGACGCUUCAGGCGGCGUUGGAUUGGGCUUGUGGGCCGGGGAGAGCGAACUGCAGCGAGAUUCAGCCUGGGGAGAGUUGUUACCAGCCGAAUAAUGUGAAGGGGCAUGCUUCUUUUGCUUUUAAUAGUUAUUACCAGAAGGAAGGGAGAGCUUCUGGUUCUUGUGACUUCAAAGGUGUUGCAAUGAUCACUACUACAGACCCAAGUCAUGGAAGCUGCAUUUUCCCAGGAAGCAAGAAGGUUGGGAACAAGACACAGACGGUGGUGAAUUCGACUCAAGUUGCAGCUGGUGAAACCUCCUCAAGGAGUUUCUCAAGAGGCUUCUGUGCCAGUGUUAUGAUUCUUGUAACUUGUGUUUUGUUACCAUUCUGGUGAUUUUUCAUUUUUUUUUUACCACGGUUGCGUUACCAUUCUAGGUUUCAUAAACAAAUUGUAUUUUUUAUCAAAAUUUUGUGAUUCGUUGUUUUGUUUGUAGUGUCCAUUUUAGUAGAGUCUCUUGUGACUUUGUUGGGGCAAUGUUUUGUGUAAAACCUGUGUUCCUAAAUGUUAUUGUUACAUGCUGUGAUGA